GAAAUCGAAAGUGGUUUUGUAAAGAAAUCACAAAAUGGCGUCUAACUUGAACAAUUCGCAGCAAAAAGCAUCAGACGUAUUUUACGACGUUUGUUGUUCUGUUUGCGAAGAGGAUGGGAUACAUAAUGAAGGACUGUUUCAUUGUAAAAUAUGUUUUAAAACAUACUGCGACGAAUGUGUGAAAAUGCACAAAAAGCUACUUAAGGAUCACGCGGUGUCAGCGAAAUCUGACGGUGAAAGCUGGUAUGUUGCGAACAAAGUGGACGAUACUAUAGAGUUAUGUGAGGAGCACACGACUGAGAAACUAACGAUGUUCUGUGAAGAUCAUGAACAGUUGCUAUGUCAUUUAUGUCUCCUCCUAAAACACAGGCAAUGCAGUAAGGUGUUUACAUUGGCUGAACAGGCCAAAUCAAACUCACAACGUAUACCCCUUGUUCAAGUGACGAAAGGAAUAGAAAAGUCGCAGAAGCGUUUAAAGGAUAUGGUGGACAGAGGAAAAGAUAACAUAAAAUCACUUAAAGCUUCUUACGAACAAAUUUGUGAAGAAAUACUUGAUGAACGUCGACAGAUCAACGAGAAUCUUGACCGACUUCAGCAAAACACCAUAAGAGAAUUGCAAUCAAUUCACGAGCGCUUAAAUAAUUCCAUUGAAGAUGACACCAAGCGAUGCUUAGAAUGUAUUUCAAAGUUAAAGAUAUAUGGCGCUAAGCUCAAAGACAAUAUUCUCCCUGAACGAACGUUUAUUACGUUAAGAAAAUGUAUUGCUCAAACUGCUGCAGCAGAUUCACUCCUAAAAAGCAUGAUCAAGAAUGAUGGAACUGAUAUAAAAUUCCAGCCUAACCGUGAAUUGAUUCAAUGUCAUGCAGACUGCACUGAUCUUGGGAAAAUCAUCAUAGGCGAUCCACAACAUAACGUUGAUCCAAACAAGAUUUUCAGCAUCGAGGACAAGUCAGAAUAUAAUGUUCGAACAGCUACUGAUAAAUUAUCAUGUGCGAUUACGGGUAUAUUUACGACUUCCAACGGGGAUCUCGUUAUUGCUGACUUUAACAAUAAGUGUGUGAAACUCCUUAAUCAGGCGUACAAGGUGAUUGAUCAAGUUCAGCUUCCUACUCAUCCGUGGUCAAUGUGUAGCAUUUCCUCCUUCGAAAUGGCGGUGACUGUUAGCGAAUAUAGAGCCGAUGCUCUUAACGGGAUUCAUUUCUUACGGGUAGAUGGCGGAAAGAUUAUACGCAAACAGGUUCUAAAAAUGAAUCAUGUCUGUUAUGGAAUUGCGCAUGUCGAUGCAGAAGUGUUUGUGACUUCCGGUACUGCGUUGUACGAAUACACAAUGGACGGACGGUUAGUUAAGAAGUUAUACGAAGAUAGUACUGAACCAUACCGAGUUUUAGGUGUUGGGGUGAGUCCUGAUGGGAAGAGGAUCUAUGUGACGGACGGGAAUGAUGACAAGCUUCUCACACUGACAAGGGAUGGAACAGUCACAGCUACGUUCCAGGAUCCCGCAUUCAAACAUAGCAGGAUUACAGCUAACAUACAUGUGGCAGCCACAGGGCAGGUUUUCGUCUUUGGUGACAACUCCAUAAGUCAAGUGGAUACAGUCGGCAAGACAAUCCUCAAUACCAUCUCUGUUGACAUUGCAAAACCUGCAUCUGUCUACUUUAAUGAAGAAACGGGAAAACUAAUAGUUGGAUUUUUGAGCCACGACAACAUCAAUGAGUUCAAAACAAAAACAGUUCCGACUUUUUAAUUGACAAAGAAAGCAAAUUAAGAAAGUAAUUACAGCAUUACGUAAUUUAUACUUUUAUUUAUUUAUUAACCGAAUUUCUAUUUCAAUAAAUUAAGAAGCUUUUAUAAUUAAAUUCAACUUUUUUAUUAUUUUCCUUUUUUAUACAAUUUUACAUGAACGGAAUUUACCUAGUGCAUGUAAUUUACUUUCGGUAAACGGUUGCGAUUUUAUUAAUAGCAUUGAAUUUUGGUUUUGAAGUGCAUGUUUGUUUUUGUAUGUAUUAAAUUUUUUUAGACUUUUAUUCAUAUUUAAUGUCAUAUCGUCAUUUAAAAUGUGUCCUAGUUAAAGUCAUGACACUCAGAUUAGCUACAAUUAGACCUGAUCAAAACAUGGAAAUAAUGUCAUUCAUUAUAGUUAGCUCACCUGAGCAUGAAGUGGUCAAGGCAAGCUAUUGUAAUCACCCUACGCCCGUUUUCUUUCAGCGUGUAUUGUGCUUUGUAUGUCAUCAACUGUUAGCUCAUUAUCAUUCUAGAGGUAACAUGUUUUAUUCGAUCUUGAUUAAACUUUGUCAGUAUAUUUAUCUGGAAAAUGCAUUAAUAUGAGUCACGUUAGCGUAAAAGUAGGUGACCACGUAAAAUGUUUAAAAAAGACACAAUUGUUACCACUUUAAGGCCUUAUUUAUUACUAAUUCAUGAUAAAACUUUGCCGGAAUUGUAAUCCUGACAUUGUCUAGGCCAAGAUUGAAUCUGGGUACCUUGCUUCCCAAACCUAGGUCACCAGGUCAAAUCUUUGAAAAACCUUGUAUCUGAUCUAAAGGCCCAAUAUAUGACUCAAACUUGAUGAAACCAGGACAAAAUGUUUAUGACAAUAUAAAGGGCAGAUUUGAAUCUGGGUCAGGUGUGGUCAAAAACUAGAUCACUUGGUCAUAUCCUUGAACUCAGAUGAGCGCACAAGGGCCAUUAUUAGAAAAUCGCUACACUGCCGUCGCUGUGUAGACUUUGUUGACUAUUUCGUGUAUAAGAUAUUUGACUCCAUAAUAUAUUUCAUCUGCAAAAACAUUUGAAAAUUGAAAAAAAGGUUUUGUUAGUAAUGAUUGUGAGUGAAUAUGUAAAUAAUAUUGCUUUUUGCUAGUAGCUUUGAAAUAAAGAGCAAUUGCAUACGAAAUAUUUAGAGUAAUAAGAUUAUGAAUGAUUAUGACGUGAUAAUCAUUCACAAUUGUAUUGUUUUAUAUCCGGUUUUCGUCGUUAUAUCAUAUAAAGAUAGUGUAUUGUUGUUAGAAUUUGUACUAAUCACGAAGUCAAAGCCUUAAGGAACUUCUAUCUAUAAAAUUUUGUAGUUUUUGUAUUUCAUAAAUUAAAAUCACCGUUUAGAGUCCCUCUUUUGUUUUUGUUCCGAAUGGAUAGACAGUAUGCUUAAUGAGAAUUGGAACAUAUUUAAAAAGAUGAAUGAAUAACAUCAUCCUACCCAUUGUUGGUCAGUCAUUGUAAGCAGGGAAAUUGUUCAGUUGGUGAAUGUUUAUAGGUUAGCCUAUAACGCUUCCAAAUCAGGCAUUGGUACCACUCCAAGCGCCUUAGAAAAAUAUAAUUAUAUGAGCCGCGCUCUGUGAAAAGGGGGUUUAACGCAUUUGCGUUAAGUGACACUUUCCGCCUUACCUUGUUUUUUCCUAAGAAAAGACUUUCUUUACACAAACAAUAUCAUAAGGGCGGAAAGUAUCGUCACUGAUUAGCGUGUGCCGACUGCACAUCUUUAAUCUGGGACGAUACUUUACAAUAUCAGAAAUUGUUCAGUUGGUGAAGACUUUCUUUACACAAACAAUAUCAUAAGGGUGGAAAGUGUCGUCACUGAUUAGCGUGUGCCGACUGCACAGGUUUAAUCUGGGACGAUACUUUACACACAUGAAUUCAACGCUCUUUUUACAGGGCACGGCUCAUUUGUUCUGUUGCGUCUAUUCUGACAAACAUUGUUUGUUAUGAUUUUAGAAGCAUGAAUGUUUUUGGUUUAUUUUAUUAUCUCACUUAUUCUUUUGUUAAAAUGAUGUACAUUUAGAGUUGCUGUGUGUAUAAAAAAUAUUAUAUGCGAUUGUUUUAUGCUAAUUGUCGUUUAAAAACUAUGUUUUAAGUUUGUGUUUCUUUUUUUCUAAUUUGCUACUGGAAUUUUCAAUUUGCGUAUAUAUGGUCCAAAUAAUACAUGUUUGUAUUCGUUCAUUGAACUAAUAAUUCUUUUCUGCAUGAUCGUAUUAUUUUAUGUAUCCUUAUACUCGCAAGCUUUAGUUUGGCCUGUGUACCUUCCCCAAGUUAUAUUUUGGACUGUGUUUCCAAUAAAGUAAUUACAUGUAUUAUGA